AUGCUCCCGCCAUUGCACGACUCUGCGCGGUUACUCUCAGCUAUCCGUGGCGAUUAUCUAGACGCUGUCAGCCCUGAGCCUGUGGACAGGACCGACAACACAAAGGUUACAAUGCAAACUCGCGUCGCAGUGCGCGACAAGGACCCUCACCGCUUCCAAGUGGUUCCACUCAAAGAUGUACCCAAAGGAUCUGGAAUCGUUCCGCCGCCGCAUGUUCGAUCCUCCAAGUUCACCGUUCAUCUCGACGACCAGGAGGCUGGUAGCAAGAAGGGGAACUUCCGAUCUGCGAAAAAGGCUGCAGAGAAGUCCGUCUUGCGACAGAGAGACCUCAACCGGGGAGGGCCGCCUAGCAAACACAAGAAAUCUGGCUCUUUCCAACUCAACACCCCUCACGAAGUAAUGGUCCCUCGACCCACCACAGGCUCUGCGCCAAAGGCAUUCACUCCGUCUCAUGGCUACUCUCAUUCUUUGAACCAGUACUCCUUUCGACUAAAGCCAUGGAAGGCGUUUGGCACCUUCUCAAGUGACUUGCCGGCUGAUCAUAAUCUGGUCUCAUCCACACCUGGUGACAUUAACGGAAUGGGAUCUGGGCAUGGACAAGAUCCCAAUUACCAAAAUGUAACUACGCCUCUUGUGGAGGCUUCACGCACCUCGCCUCAACCUUCCCAGAACCCUCCUGGACAGGCGUCUUGCACGUCCAAGGCUGGGCAGGACGAACAGUUCGCUUCGAACGAAACCCUGGGUGGCCUUCGAUAUGCGCAAUCGGGUCCCUACAGUUAUAGAACUGUCGAUGCCGCGGAUUUCAAGAAGCGUCACGCAAUUUAUGCUUCUGCGGGUUUCCAGCCACUUGUCGCAGGCACUGAUUCUUGGAAAAGCUUUCAUCCUCUUCCCAUACCAACCGAGUCGGAACUCGGUUCACAACCGAAAUCCCUACAAGGCGGCGGCGACAAAACCCCUGGCUGUCUGGAACACAUGGUUCCCACUAUCUCUGAUUGCUCUCUACAACCGAAUGGCCACAGUGCGCUGUCACCCGUUCGGCCACUGAAUCUUGUACGCAACUCAAUGGUCAUCCCACCCCCCAUGGGCCCUGAGCACCAUGACAUUUACCCUGAUAUAAUCCAGGAUCUUAUGAAAGAACUGGACGAAGCCAUCGACAGCUGGAAUGGUCUCUCAUCUUGA